AUGUCAGCCACCACAUACCUCGAAGGGCUACGCGGCCAGGAGAUCCGUCUGCUUCGUCUUCUGCCUGGCGAGUGGCUCGAAGACCUCGCUGCCGAAUUGUAUGUUGCUGACCGAAAUGAAAAGUAUGUUGCGUUGUCCUACGCUUGGGGUAGCAGCCGAAGGUCGAACAAGAUUAUUGUCAACAGUCAUGUCCACUUCAUCACCUUCAACCUCGACCGGGCGCUGAGGGCCAUUCGCCGAACCAUAGAAUCCAUCGUCAUCUGGGUGGAUUCCGUGUGCAUCAACCAGGAAGAUGCUGUCGAAAAGAGCCACCAAGUCGGAUUAAUGCACGACAUCUUCAGUUCCGCCACCGAGGUUAUUGCCUACGUGGGCGAUGGCUUGGAUCGCAGUCGUCAAGAUUACCCUCGCCGUUUCGCAAGACUUGGACUGGCCGAUCCGGUGCUUUUCACUGGCAAACGGACGGACUUGCCUCUUAUCGAGAUAUCGAUCAGUCUUUGGCAGAAAUCGACGUUAGGGUCGUUAACAGAGCAUGAGGAGAUGCUAUGUCUUUACAGUUUUAUUUCGGCGCCACUGCAUGCGAGCUCGACGCAAGCACAGCAGUGGAUGUUUGACGAGGGAAAACCGACUGAUGAACGGCGUCUGCGAAUCAUGUUGGAGAGAAUCCGGCUUUUCGCCGUCAGCGACUGGUGGAAUCGCAUGUGGAUUAUUCAGGAAGCCUGUGUUGCUAGAGAGCUAACCAUCAUGUAUGGUCGCGUUUCGAUGCCGUUCAGAUUCAUUGGACACGGCGUCAACGCUGUUUUGAGCUCUGCUGUACCGGAUUCCACUGGGUUGGCCAGAGUGUUGUCCUUCUUGGCCGAAAAGGCCAAUGCAAUCGACUACCUACGAAUGAUGAGAUCAUUCAGAUCACUACCCUUCGGAAACAACAGUCCGCUCCUCUGGUUACUAAGAAAUUGCCGGAACAGGCGAUCAUCCGAACCCCGCGACAAGAUAUUCGCCCUGCUUCGACUUGCGCUUGACUUCGUGAAGAAAGCAGUCUCAAUCAUUAGUACUGACUACAACGUCAGCGUACACACGCUCUUUGCACGCGUGGCCUACGGAAUCAUCAAGCAAACUGGUCUUCUGUGGGUUACAACAUUUGACCUCCUUGCGAAGACCCGGAACGAUGUGCCUUCAUGGGUCCCUGACUGGUCAUCGGACUAUGCGGUUCCCGGCUGGAAUCAACAUCGCGUGCGCCUCCACGGAGACCUUUUCCAGAUGUUUAACGCCAGUCGUGCUAGGUUCUUACACUACAAGCAGGACGGCUCAGAAGAUAUCUAUGUCUUACCACAGCAGCAUUUUCGACGCUUGGCUGACAGGGACCUUGUUGUUGGUGCCGACUGGCAGCCAGUUCAUCACCUACCCGCUCAGGUAGCUCCAGUACAUCCCGAACCACAACAGUCAUUUGUUUUGAGCGUCUCCGGGGCGCCGUGUGGAGAGAUUCUAGGCGCCACUGAUCCUUUGGCGAGCGAUCUCGCCAAUCUCGAGGAGAUCCUCUAUCAAAUCAUCACAAUAUGCCGGCUUUUCAAGAAUGAAAGUCAGCUUCAAUAUCGCAAGCCCUUCGUGGCGAUCAUUUCGCGUAUUCUUUGCUUUUCGGCGAGACUCCAAGGAGUUCCCGGGAUCUAUAAAUCACCACGUUGGCUUAGCAGCGCAGAAGAGCAGCAGUUGUCUUACUGGAUGUUGGUCCGUUUUCUGGCGUCACCCUUUGCGAACUACUGGCCGCGCAAGGAAUCCUAUAGCGAAAACGAUAUCUUGGUCUGGAACAAUCACCUCCAGGAGGGUGUAGAACGCAGCUUGCGCAUCAGCGAGGCUGCGGGCGAUCCACCACUCUUUUGGACGAUCUCGUCUCAAGCACAGAAUCCCGCCAGCGACGACGAUCUAAGCCUUCCGCUCUUCACAUUUACCAGCGAUUUCAAUGUCAGAACCGAGAAUGGGGAUGUCAAAUCGACGAGGGUAUGGCCGGAAGACGAAAGCUGGGUGGAAGAAACAAUCAGAGCUGUGGCCAGCGGCAGUCGACUUUUCCUGACCUCCAAAGGCCAGCUUGGCUUGGGGCCAGAAAAGAUGCACCCAGGAGACGCCCUCUGCGUCCUCGAGGGCGGUCUGAUGCCUCAUGUCUUGCGAAAACGACCGCAGAAACACGGGAUGACUAUGGUAGGAACAUGCUACGUUGAGGGGCUCAUGCAUUGGGGAAGUGAGGCGGGAAACUAUGCAGAUAACGCGAGGGAUACUGAAGGCCUGGAACACAAGCUGAGGCGACGAUUGCGGGAUCGUAGUAUUUCGCAGGAAGAUUUCCUGCUUUACUGA